GUUUGUGUGGCAGUGGAGUGACCCAAAUCCUGCCGUGCAGUACUGGUGAUCCCAUGAUUAAGAACACUAAGCCAGAUGGUUACACACCAACAAUUGUGAAAACAACAGAUGAUUAUGUCUAUGUUGAGUAUGAGAGCCCAACCAUGGGGUUUGUCGACGACGUGGAGUUUUGGUUCCCUCCUGGCGAUCGAUCAUUGGUGGAGUACAGGUCCGCUUCCCGGCUGGGAGAAAGCGACCUGGAUAUCAACCGUAAGAGAAUCAAGGCCUUGCGAUUGGAGUUGCAGAAGAAAGGCUGGGCCUCUGUUGGCUUCUAGGCUGAGGAGCUCUAGGUGAUCUUUCCUAAUUUGGAAAAGGACUCUCCUCUUCGAGUUGGAGAAAAAGAGAGCGCGAGAUUCCAUCGACUUCCAGCCCGGGCUGCAGACGAUCUCUUGUACUAUGGAAAAGGAUCUGACGCGGACAGCUCUCCCUGCUCCCUCUCCUCCCUCUACUCUUCUUCUUCUUCUUCUUCUUCUUCUUCUUCUUCUUCUUCUUCUUCUUCUUCUUCUGCUACUCCCUUUGCUCCCUCUGCUCUUCUCCUUCUUGUAGGAGAGGACUUUCUCUUCUCAUUGUCUUUUCUUAUCGUCCCCUCCUCCUCCUCCUCCUCCUCCUCUUCUUCUUCUACUUUUCUUCUCCCUCUUAUUGGUUAACUUUUUCUUCCUUUUUUUUUUUUUUUGGUUUCCCCUCUCUCUGUCUCUUCCUGGGUUUGUCUUGGGUGUCAUAUUUUGUCUCUCUUCUGUUUCAGAUUGCUCUCUUUCGUUGAGGAGUUUGUAGACAGCCUGCCCUCUUUGAUCCCCUCUUACUUUCCUCCUCCUCUUUUUUUUUUUUUUUUUUUCACUGUGGUCACCAUUGACUUCAGACGAGCUAUUUUGCAAAGAAAUGCGGAACUUCAUAUCAAUAAUUUUAGAAGUAUUUGUGGUUAGUAGUAACUUAGUACUGUUUUGAAUUG